AUGCGCCAUUAUACGCGGAGCGAGGCACGUUCGCCUGAGAGUGAUGCAAAGCGAUCGUCGGAGCCAAGGAUGAAGACGACGCGUCCACAGGGCCGACCCGUGCUGGACGAGCGGGCUAAAUGGAAAGAACCAAAGGAAAAGGAAGAGGAGAUUGUACCCAAGCUAGAUUAUACCAUUCAUGUUGGUGCCUCGCUUGCAAAGCACCAAGAAAUAAAGCCUGGCGACUUUGUGGAAGUACGCAGAACAGGCCGUACUUUUUCAGGCGUCGUACUCCCGAUACCGGAAGAAGAGGGAAAGAGAGGCACAGGAUCAGGCGCCUCGCUCUGUGUUGUGCUUAUUUCGGGGGUCCUAGAACAUGUACGAUCCACUGACGUGAUGCUCCAAUUUCCGGCUUUUGUACCUCCAAAAGCGGCGCAUGCCGCGGCGCCUCUGAAGCGCGAUUAUAUCGCUGCAUCUGUUGCGCGCGUAGCUGCUUCACCAGAAGAUUUACUGGACAAUUUAGAGGCGCCUAUGGAUGCAACUUCCAUGAGCGAAACUUUGCUACAAAGUGCCAGUGCAGAAAACAAUUUUAUUGAGCAAGAGCCUCUGGACGUGGCACGCUUUCAAAAGCGUGCUUCGAUCUGCCGCAAAAUUCGCCAAUUACAAAGAGAGACGGACAGGGAGAUACAACGGCUGUAUCCUGCAUUCCGGACGCUCCUGCUACAGGAGCAAGCGAACAGUGAACCAAAUCACGAUUUGGGAAAGUGUUCCGACGCUGAGCAUGGGUUCCUGAACCGCGCGCUCGAGAUGUUGCACCGCGGAAGUUUUACUACGCUGGAGGCUACGCAACUUGUAAUUCACUACCUGGAGCAUCUGGCAGAACCUAAGGAAAAGAGGAAGGAACGGUUGGGGGGAGAGACGAUCUUCGCUAUGCACUCGCUCUUGAUGAACCAUCCCACGCAAUUUCUUGUGGAUUCCACGACGCAUCGGAACAGUCAAAUGUUUAUGAACCGUUCCCUUCGUGAGCAAAAGGUGAUAUCGCGAGUUGUAUCCUGGUCUCGUGCGAGUAUGGCCACAGAUGGAUUUGCGGAACGUGGUGUUGAGAUCCAAGAACACGCGGAAGCGGCCAAAGUGCUCGACGGAUUCUGCGAGCGUGCAAGAUACGUGAUUCAGUGGUACGAGAACAACCACACUGGCGGACGCCAAGACGGGGAAAUUGAAAAAGUUACAGUGCCGGCCCAAGAUGGAAAAAGUACCUUUCAAUGGCUGUCCACAGACCAGGAAAUUAUUGAAUUUCUCAAGAUCAGUGUAGGUAAUCGUCGAGAGCUGCAAGAUGACCCAACGGGUAGCAUUGCCAUGUCUAUCAUCAAACGAGUGGGUGCGCAUACACACCUUGAGCCAAUCCUGCAUCCAGAUAUGGCGCACUUGGAUGUUGAUCAAAAGUUCAGCAAGGCUCAAGAGCAGCGUCGUGCUCUUCCAGAUACCGUCACUAGUGUCAAUACAGCCGGAGCUGAUCUUCAACAUGCGAUUGUGUUUAAUUUCCUCGGACGUUUGGGCGCCUUGACACCUUGGGAAAAUCCGAAUGCUUUGGAUACAUAUUUGAAAAAUAUGAAGGAAAAUGUGCUUGUUACAAAGAAGCGGCAUGCCAAAGCCCGUACGGUGCUUACACUGCAAGAAUGGCAAGAAGAAAAGAGACAUGAUUUUGGGGACUUGCCCGUGUAUGUGAUCGACUCGGCAAAUGCAUUUGAACUCGACGACGGUAUUUCUAUUGAGCCGGCACGCACAGAUGGAGAAUAUUGGCUUCAUGUGCAUGUAGCCGAUCCGACUGCGUGGAUUCCGCCCGAGCAUCCAUUGGCUUACGAAGCAGAGCAAAAAUACACUAGCAUUUACUUCCCUGAGGGCCAUUUUUCGUUGCUGCCCAACUUUGCUGUGUACCAAGGAAUGAGUCUAACGCAGCAAGACGAGAGAUCAUUUAAAAAACAGCAUGUGAUGACUUUUAGUGCGCGUGUUGCGGAAGAUUCUGGCAAAGUGCUUGACUAUUUGAUCAGACCGUCGUUUGUGAAUAAUGUGCUCACGCUUAACUAUGGAGAGAUAAACGACUUGUUCCUUCAUGGACACCCCCCGAAAGACGCACACAAGGCUUUAUACAAAGAAGCAAUACAAAAAGAUUUGCACAAGAUUGCGAGUGUGGCAUCCAUCUUGUCUAAACGGAGAACGCGAAUUGGAGGGGCUGUGAAUGCAGGAAACCCGUCCAGUACGGAGACAAUUUCACCGCUCCCAUUGCCUACCGCAACUUUGGAAUCGCCCGUAUAUUUCAGAGGGUUUCCUAAUGUUGAUUUAACGUUGGCCAAAACAGAACAGCUCAUUCCGCAAGGGACUUGGGAUAAGCGGCCUGGGGGCAUCACUUCGGAAACCAUGGUUAGUGAAAUGAUGCUUUUGGCAGGUCGCGUGGCUGCUGGUUUCGGUGCUAGCAGAGAGAUUGCUUUGCCAUUUCGACUCCAAGAUGCCCCAGAAGCAGCACAGGUGGCUCUUAUCGACAAACUUAAAGACCCCGUCACCGGUGCGAUUUCCAUCGCUGAGCUUCAACAAAAUGAUAUAUUCAUGUCGCCCGGAUACUUUUCAGUGAGGUCAGGAAACCACUAUGCACUUGGGAUUGGGCCUGUGAAUAAAAGUAGUGCAGAAAGUGAUGCACUGUACAAUGGCGGUUAUGUCCGCACUACAAGUCCGUUGCGACGGUACUCUGAUAUGCUGUGCCAUUGGCAGAUAAAGUCGUCUUUGUUCUUUGACAAACCGAUGAUGAAGAAGCACAAUAUGGCUAUUCAGUUUUCCAGGUUUGAGCGUAUGGAAGCGUGGGUCAAGCAGAUUGAGCGCGCAUCACACCGUUACUGGGCAUGGACUGUGGUUGACAAUCUCUUACGGAAAAAAGCAACAUAUGAACAGCAAGGUAUUCCAGCUUCAAAGCAACAUUAUACAAACACCGAAAAGCAGCUCAUGGGUCCGCAGAAAGCAUAUGUUGGAGUACCUGAGGUUCGACUUAGCUUUGACACUUUGCAAGCAAAAAUCCGAGUGAAUCUAAUGUCCCUAGGAGGAUACCCUGUCGACUUAAUAUGGGACCCAAAAAAUCCACCGCCACCGCGUGGCUCAACAAUUUUGAUUGAAAUUCAAAAAUCAAUCAGCUCAGGAGCAAAACGUUCCUUAAUCUGUACACCUAAAUAA